GUUAGAAGUUAGCUUCUGUUGUAGCGCAUUUUUAGCGGCGGUUUUUGUACGGUCGUAUAGCAUCCAUAGUUUCCAUAGUUCAUUUACAUUUCCCAAGUUGUCUUUAUAAUAAUAGCAUUGCUGAUAGUUAUUAAGACAUUUGUACUUGACCUUAACGCAGGUGUGAUCAGUUUACUAGCAGAAAUAGAUGGAUACUUGUUAGCAAUCAAGGCUAACCUAACGUUAAGUUUAGCUCCUGUUUUGUAUUGUCAGUUGUUCCAGAGGAAUAAAGGUAGCCCUCAUAAUGUCUCUGAGCGCUGUUCACGGAACUCUGUCGAGCCUGAAAUCGUGUCAGGCAGAUAUCGGGACAGGUAUGGACAUUGUGACAGACGUGGCCAUGGACCUGGCGGAAACUCAGGAUGAAGAGAUGAAUGCUGGCAUCAGAGAGAUGGAGGCCAUGAUUCUGGAGUGUGCCAAACUGGACAGGGAGAUUAACUACUUUGUUGAUGUGGUGCAACAAGUCACUGCUGAGGUUACUGCUCAGCAGCCAGAGGCCAUGUUCAGCCUGUCUGCCAAAGUGAAGGAGCAGUUCACAGAGAGAAUAGCCAGACUCUCUGACGCUGACCUGCACGGUCACCAGAAAGUAGUGGCUUUCAAGGAAAGCAUCAAGAACUCUUCCAAACAAGCCAACCAAGAGUCAGCGGAGAACAUUGAGGAGCUCGAUGAGGACAUCGCUGUGACACAGAGCCAAGUCAACUUCACCUGCCCGCUCACACAGGUGGAAAUGGUGAAUCCGGUUAAGAAUAAGAAGUGUAACCACCACUAUGAUGAAGCAGCAAUACUGGGCCUGAUCAAAACAAGACACAGCCAGAAAAAGAAAUGCCGCUGUCCUGUGGUGGGCUGUGGAAACACAGAUGUGAAAGAGUCUGACCUCAUUCCUGACCAGAUGCUAAGGAGAAGGAUCCAGAGCCAGAAGAGGCAGAACAAAUGGACUUAAUGCUGAAGAUUUCUGUGAGAGCGAUCAGUAAUCAAAAACAAUAUUCUGAUAAUUAUUUGUAUACUGAGAAUGGAAGAUAUUUUCUGAUCAGCAAUAUUGCCAUCUGUGUUUUUAUGUAAAAUAAAUUUUUUUUGUUGUUUUUUUUUUU